GAACUGGGUCUCGACAUCAGCGACGCUCAAAUCGCUGAGCUAGAAGCUGCCAUCCACGACAUCGACUUCGAAUCAGCAGCAGCCCACGAGAAGAAGGUCCGUCAUGACGUCAUGGCCCAUGUCCACACCCUCGCCGAGAGGUGUCCGAGGGCUGCUCCUAUCAUACAUCUUGGAGCUACAUCCUGCUACGUCGGAGACAACACGGAUCUGAUCGUGCUGAAGCAUGGACUGGACUUGUUGCUGCCGAGGCUUGCUGCCAUCAUCAGUCAGUUGGCAAAAUUCGCUGAUCAGUACAAAUCACUGCCCAUGCUUGGCUUCACCCAUCUCCAGCCGGCUCAGCUGACGACUGUCGGCAAGCGAGCCUCUCUGUGGCUCAGCGACUUGUUGAUGGAUGAGCGCGCCCUCUCCCGGGCAAGGGACGACCUUCGCUUCCGCGGAGUCAAGGGAACCACAGGUACCCAAGCCUCUUUCCUACAACUAUUUAAAGGAGACGGCGAGAAAGUUAGAGCUCUAGACCGCAGGGUCGCCGAACUUGCCGGCUUUGAUAAACGCUACCUGGUUACCGGACAAACAUACUCCAGGAAAGUGGACUUGGAAGUAAUUUCUGCCUUAUCGGGGCUUGGAGCGACCGUACAUAAGAUGUGCUCAGACAUUCGUCUGCUAGCGUCGCGCAAGGAAAUGGAGGAGCCUUUCGAAGCCUCCCAGAUUGGUUCAAGCGCUAUGCCAUACAAGAGGAACCCGAUGCGUUCCGAACGCUGCUGCGCGCUUGCUCGUCACCUCAUCACUCUACACGCUAAUGCUGCUAACACCCACGCAGUUCAGUGGCUCGAGCGCACUCUGGAUGACUCCGCCAACCGUCGUCUUACCCUCGCCGAGGGCUUCCUCACAGCUGAUGCUACUUUAUUGACUCUACUAAACGUUUGCCAAGGGUUAGUCGUCUACCCGAAAGUUAUCGAGCGUCACAUCGCUCAGGAGCUACCAUUCAUGGCUACGGAAAAUAUUAUCAUGGCCAUGGUUCAGGCUGGUGGUGAUCGUCAGAUUUGCCACGAAAAGAUCAGAGUGCUGUCUCAUGAAGCGGGCGCUCAAGUGAAGCAGCAUGGAAAGGAUAACGAUCUGAUCGAUCGUGUGAAGAAGGACAGCUACUUUGCUCCUAUCAUUUCUCAACUAGACAAGAUUCUGGAUGCAUCUACUUUCAUCGGCAGAGCUCCGGAACAAGUCACUGAGUUUAUUGCCGAGGAGGUGACUCCUAUUAUCGCUAAGUACAAACAGACUUUGGCUGAAGUUGAGAAGCCUGUUGCUUUGAAUAUUUAAAUUGACGCAAUUUAUUAUUAUGUUUUUAGCUUUGACAUGUAUUAAAAUAUCUUGAAUUGAAAAUUAUUUUUUUAUUGCCAUUAAAUAAAAAUAAAACAAUGAAAAAUUCAAACUUCAGACAGGACUCGAAUCUGCGACUCCUGGCCAUACUUGCCAGCUACUAGACGAGAGAGGUCGCUGACUGCCUUGAAUUGAUCAUUGUAUUAUUUGUAUUUCAUUGCAAAUAUUAUACGUUUCGCAGCGUUUUCCGCUAAUUAAAUAACAAAUAUUCAUUGAAUAAAAUCGUAUAUUUACAAA